UUCAACAGAAACACAGACAGCAGUGAAAACAACAUCACUGUCAUUAUACUCUAUUAAAUAUUAUAUUUUUUUUAUUAAAUAAAUACUUCGCUGUCCUCAUUAAACUACUGAAGAUUCGUCACAGAUCAACGUGUUUGGUGUAGCGUCUUUUGAGUUAAGCGACUCACUAAUAUUUGCAAUGGAGGAGCUUCAUAUCCAUUGCCUGAAAUGUGUCAACCGCCGAUGUAUGAUAAGACCAGAGCCUAGCAUUUCCUGUGACCUCAUGGGUUGCCCUCUUGUAUGUGGGGCGGUUUUCCACUCAUGCAAACUGAAUGAGCACCGCUUGCUGUGUCCAUACGAAAGAGUCCCGUGUCUGAACCAUGGAUUCGGAUGUCCAUUCACCCUAGCCAGGGUCAAAAUAGCACAGCACCUUGAAACGUGCCCAGCCAGCGUUGUGUGUUGCACUAUGGAAUGGAAUCGAUGGCCAGUGAGUUAUGCAGAUCGUAAGUCCUACGAUAACUUGAGUAAGGAUGUUUGUGACGUGGAGCAGCUCGACAUGGCUUUGGCCCUCCAGGAUCAGCGAAUGUUGCUGGAGUCGCUUAAAGUAGCGACCACUGUGACAAACGCUCUGGAGGAGCAAAAUCAGGACAAUUCCAGCCCUCAGGAUUCAGACCCGGAAAAUGAAUUAAUUGAAACAGACGAGGAACCGUAUGGUGGACCUUACACAAUUUCAGUGAAAAACAGUAGAAGCUUUGCUGCCACUUUGGACGUUCUCCGUAGUGCAAAAAAUAUGGACUUGAUUGUGGAGAAUCCUGAUGGUGAGGAACAGAAUGGAGGUUGCAACAGUGUUAGGAAUGGCGAUGGGGACUUUAGCAAUGACACAAAGGAAAGUGACACUGAUUCGGAUUCAGAUCUGGGAGCGGUAGGUGGUGCUGACUGUCCUUUUCCAGUAGACCCUGAAGACGAAAGAGAUGAUUGGCUGGAGAACAGUGGAUGUGGUGAAUCUUCUGAAGAAGAAGGCGAAAUGAAUGGUGGGAUAGAACUCAGUGGACUUCAUAAUGAAGGGAACACUGACAGCCAGGUUAGACUUGAAAGGGUCAAUGCCUCUUCAAACGUAAGGCAGGUUUUACCUGAUCAUUCCAUACCUGUUCUAGCACAGGAGCCUGAAAUGGCCCACUUGCCCCAACUACCUCUUCCUUUGCCCAUCCCUGUGCCUAACCUGAUGCACAACAAUGUUCUGCACGAUUUGCCUUUUAGAAUUGAGGACCGAUGGCUGGAGCGCAAGUUGGAGAAUCUCCAGGUACUCAGGGGAAUGAACUUGUUUACUAUCAAUGGGCGAAGGACUCUGUUUUCCGACCCCUAUUUAUUCAAAGCCAAGAUGGAGGACAAGGCAGUGGACACGUCGGACCUUGAGGUGGCAGAUGAUCCGAUGGGUCUUCAUGGCAUUGACCUCAUCACCGCUGCUUUGCUCUUUUGUUUGGGAGACUCACCUGGAGGUAGGGGCAUCUCAGACAGUCGCUUUGUAGAUGGGUAUCGAAUUGACUUUGGCACGCAAACCUUCUCCCUCCCUUCUGCCAUACUGGCAACCAGCACCAUGGUAGGUGACAUUGGCUCAGCAUCUGCCUGUGACCACGCCAGUCCGCAACUCUCCAACCCCAGUCCAUUUCACACCCUCAGAUUAGACCUUGUUCUGGAGUGUGUGGCACGUUAUCAGACCAAACAGCGUUCGAUGUUCACCUUCGUAUGCGGACAGCUGUUUCGCAGGGAUGAGUUCUCCUCCCAUUUUAAGAACGUCCAUGGUGACAUACAUGCUGGCCUUAAUGGUUGGAUGGAGCAAAGGUGCCCAUUGGCGUACUAUGGAUGCACCUACUCACAAAGAAGGUUCUGCCCUUCGGUACAAGGAUUCAGAAUCAUCCAUGACCGACACCUGAGCUCCUUUGGGGUGCAACCUGGGUUAGCAGCUUAUCCCGAUGAGCCUCUAUCCAGAACUGACACCUGUCAGUUCAGGUCCCACUGUGACCACCUUAGUGACCUGCCCUUUGAGUUACUCCAGCACAUUGCGAGCUUCUUGGAUGGCUUUAGCCUGUGCCAACUCUCCAGGGUGUCUCGCACUAUGAGGGACGUGUGUGCCAGUCUUCUUCAAUCCCGUGGCAUGGUGGUCCUGCUCUGGGAGAAGACAAAGCGAGCUGAUGGAACCUCAUCCUGGCAGAUAAAAGACAAGGUGUGGCGGUUCAGUACGGCGUUUGACACUGUGAAUGAGUGGAAGUUUGCCAACAUUUCCAGCAUGGCCGACCACCUCAAGACUUGCAAGUUUAACACCAUAGCACGGAGAGAAGAGGCUGUCCCACUUCCAUGUAUGAGUUUCACAAGAGAACUUACAAAAGAGGGACGCUCUCUACGUUCAGUGCUUAAACCAGUGAUAUAGACUGUAGUCAUAAUUCAGAUGAGGAUUUCAUUUUAUAAUACAACAUGCCUUAUGUGUUUAGGUGAACCGUGGGAUUUGUUUGGAGACAUAAUCAUUAAAAUAAGAGCCUCAACUUAAACCACUUUUGGAAGAGAUGUUUUUUAUUAAACAAUAUCUUCCUGCUGUAGUGAUGAUGGUUGUGCUGUCUUGCACUUUUGAUACAGUAUAUUCAGUCUUUUUUUUACAAAUUCAUUGGUUUUGUUGAGAUAUGUAGCUUCAAACCAGAAACACUGAAUUGUUAAAUGGUGAUGACCAAACGGAAAACCAUUGUCUUAAUUUUUGUAAUGCAGGAAUACACAAUCCAAUUAUUUUAUCAUAUAGAUCAGUGGUCCUCAACUGGUUUUAUUUUUGGACCCAAAGUUACAUUGAACAUGAAAUGGUGACCAUAUACAAUACUGGACGUAACCUGUCUUUACUGUUCCCUUGGUCAUUUAUUUUUAACCAUACAUAGUUGUCCUUGAGGAUGAUGUCAAGCAAAUUGUCCAUUUUGGCAUUUCAUUCAGUACAUGAAUUUGCUCCAAAAUACACAGCUUGAUUAGACAAUGUGCAAAAGAUAUAGAAACUGUUUUCUCUUUAUAAGUCCAUUUAUUUUACUAUCCUACUUAUUCAUGGCUAUAUGGUUCAUUUCAUUUGAUCAUUUGCUUUUUUUUUUUUUUGGCCUGCUGUUGCAGAACAGACCUGCAAACCAUCAAUUGAGAACCACUGAUGUAGACUUUAAUCACCUGAUUUCUCUCUCAUUUAAGUCUAUAAAUGACAGUCUUAGAUAUUUUUCUUCUAUCAGUUUGUCAGAACGAACACAUAACAGUUAUUUCUCUGAGAAGCAUUUAUAGUAUCCCGUUUUAGCUGUAUACAACAUAUACUACUUGAUACUGUCACACACAACACUUCCAGUGGUCAUCCUGAAAUGUAAAUGUACUUUAUCUAUUUUGAAUUAUUACUUUUUACAAUCUUCCUGAUUAUGAGUCACUGCGCAAAACCUGCAGGACAGGAACAAGACUGCAGUUGUAGCCUGUUUUUGGUUGCACAUGGUACAUGUGCAGAUGUACUUCUCUGUCUCUCGGGUUUAACAUCAAGCAUAUGCCAUUAUAGACAGUUUAUCUGUGAGGAACUUGACGUGAGCUUGUGAUUCUCUUCUACUUUUAUUUGUUGAUGGUUUCAAAGUCAAGUUUACAGUUCCUAAAAAGUUAAGUUUUACUGUAACUCUUUUCAGGUGUGCAGUUACAAUGUUUCAGAUUGCUAACAUUCUGAAAUGUUGCAAUAUUUUCAUCUGGAAAGAAAACAAUUCUCUCGACCUUUGUUUAAGGGAUUAGAUGUGUGAUACGUUUUACUGUAUGUGCUUUCUGUGACUUUUGAGUAUGACAGUCCUUACAUUUGUGUUGAGUGAUGACAAUAGAGCAAUAUUCUGAAACAUUUGAGUUUCUGAAUAAUCUAAUUCUAGCAUCUUUGAAAACUGAAGAGUCAUAAAAUGCUUAUUUUUAAAGAAUUUAUCAGAGUUGACAUCAGUCGAUGUGCAAUGUGUUAUAAUGUCUUUGUUUGAGUGAUUUUUUCCCCAAAGGAACAAAAUGCAUUU